UCGUUUCCGUUUCCGUUGCUUCUCCCGGGGCGGAGCUGCUCUGGAAGCCGGGGAAGGCAGCUCUCCGGGGCCAUGGCGCUGGCGGCCCAGGCGCUGCGGGUGCUGUGCGGCAGCGGCGGCUGCCUGGAGCAGGCCGACCUGCAGCGCUGGCUGCCGGGCCGGCCCUCGGCGGAGCAGCUGGCGGCCGUGCUGCGGGACGCGCAGCGCUUCACGCUGGUGCAGCGGCCCGGCGAGGAGGGCGCGGCGGCGGCCGCGGAGGUGGCCGUGGUGGUGGCCACCAGCCCCGUGCGGCUGUGCCAGCAGUACAGCGCGGGCUGCCCGGGGCACUGCGGGCAGCUGCACCUCUGCAAGUACCACCUGAAGGGGCACUGCCGCAACCACGGGGCGAGGAAGGAAUGCAGGUUUGCUCACAACUUCUUCUCGGACCACAAUCUCCGUGUUCUAAGACGCCAUGGGCUUGAGAUUUUAGACAGUGAUGAACUUUGCCAGCUUCUGCUCCAAAAUGACCCUUCCCUCUUACCAGAGGUCUGCUUGCAUUAUAACAAAGGUGAUGGACCUUACGGAUCUUGUACCUUUAAAACGUCCUGCACCAAACUGCACGUUUGCCAGUACUUUUUGCGGGGACAGUGCAGAUUUGGCAACACCUGCAAACGAUCCCAUGACUUAUUGAAGUCAGAAUGUCUUGAGAAACUGCUGAAACAGGGAAUGAGCUUAGACAAUAUUGAGAGACUACCUUCUCUCUAUAGAAACAUGUAUGACAUCAAAAACAGCAACAGGAACAUGCAAGACAUAGAAGAGGCCAAGACUUCACCAUGCAAAGACAAAAAACACAGCUCUGGACGAGAGUCUGCAACUACAAAAGAUGAUGAGUCAGAACAGAUCUGUUUAUAUCAUCUGUACAAAAGUUGUGGCUUUAAAGAAAAGUGUAUCAGAACUCAUUUUCACUUGCCAUAUAGAUGGCAGAUCUCUGAUGGCAAUACCUGGAAGGACUUGAAGAAUAUGGAAGAAAUAGAAAAAGCGUAUUGUGACCCAAAUAAGACCAGAUUUACUAAUGGUGUUACUGAAAGUGGCUCUGUCAUGGCAUGUAUCUGUUUUCUCAGUAUGUGCUGUGGGUUUGCAAAGGUUAGGCGUCUUUCUACAGCCUCCUCUGUGACCAAACCCCCUCACUUCAUUCUAACAACAGAAUGGAUCUGGUACUGGAAAGAUGAAUUUGGCAUGUGGCAGGAGUAUGGAAAAAAAGAUGAUCUUCAUGUAGCUGCUACGGUCUCCAGUGAUGACCUGGAGAAAGCUUAUAUAGCUGAAGGUUCUCCAAAGCUGAACUUCAAAGCUGGAAGGCAUGAAUAUGAAUUAAAUUUUGAAGCCAUGAUUCAAAAAAACCUUCGCUUCACAACAGAGAGAAAGAUUUGCAGAAGACCUAAAUUUGUCUCUCAGGCAGAGGUAGAAACCACAAGAGCCAGGGGCAUUAAACAUACAGAGGAGUUUAAGGGCAUUCCAGCUCACUGGGACAAAUCUGCCCUGCCUGAACUGGGAUUCAAGCUGAUUGAGCUUGACAGUUCUUCUGAAGAAUACAAGAAAGUCAAGGUGGACUUUCAACGUACAAUGCCCAAAACAGCUAUUAAAAGAAUUUGUAGAGUUCAGAACCCAUCGCUCUGGGAACUGUAUCAAUGGCAGAAGGAGCUAAUGCAGAAGAGCAAUGGUGGAAAGGCUGCGGAUGAGCGAUUUUUAUUUCAUGGGACCCAUAAAAAAGACAUUGAUGCCAUCUGUCAGCAAAACUUCGACUGGAGAAUCUGUGGCCUUAAUGGGACAGUCUACGGCAAAGGAAGUUAUUUUGCAAGGGAUGCAUCUUACUCUGACAAGUAUUGUGGGACAGACUCAAGCAAGACCAUGUUUCUGGCACGAGUGCUGGUGGGGGAGUUCACUCGUGGUAGUUCUGAUUAUGUUCGGCCUCCCAUGAAGGACAGCCAAAACUUCUAUGACAGUUGUGUGAAUGAUGCUUUAAACCCUUCUAUCUUUGUCAUCUUCGAGAAGCAGCAGAUUUAUCCAGAGUAUCUCAUAGAAUACAGGGCACCAGUAGAACUCAUAUAGCAGCAAACCCUAUCCUCAUUGUGUUUAACUGGUAUAAACAUUUUUUUAGUAUUCCCACAAGAGAGAAAGAGUGAUUUUUAUAGAAGUUGUGUGAUGGAUAGGUGAAUAUUCAGAAACAUUUAUUCUCUAUCCUUUCUGUGCAAUAGAAAACAAGGGAUAAAAAGACACAGGAUGUUUUAUAAUUCCUAAAAUCCUGUGUCUGUCUCCUAUUCUUUAGCAGCUUUUACAUUUCCCUACAAUACUAGAGACUUUUAUAAAUUUAUUAGAAGAAAUCGCUGAUUCUUGUAGCAUGAGGAUUGGCUAUAACAGCAAAUAAUUAAUGACAAGUUCAAAUAUUUUUUUUUAACAAGUUCAAACAGAAAUGUUUCAGGAUAGAUCUUUACACAUGCUCAUUGGUCACUGGCUGUGUCCCUCUACCUCUUUAUCUUUUAACUCAAAACUGGCUAAAAGCUGGUUUUUUUAGUAAUCUGUCUCCUGUAACAGUAGACAUUCCGGUGCUUGCAAAUGUGUUGUACAAUCUCUGUGCUCAACUCAUUGCAUAUAUUCUUACUAGCACUCCUUUUUGUUCCUGCUUAAUCUUCGCCAACAAAACCUCAAAAAUUAAACUUGCUUGUUGAAAAGGAACAGAGACUUAUUUUUACUUGUUAAUUUUCUCAUUUAAAACAAGUACCAAAGGUAUAAGCAUAACAAGGGUUGCUUGGUGCUGUGUGAUUUGGUUGAUUUACUCUAUCAAAUACGUGCUGUAUUUUCUAUCUGUGAAGACACCAGUUUUUCAUGACUUUCACUGUGCCUACAAAUGAAAGAAUGCUAGCAGGUGCCAUGGAGGAAGCAGAGGAGGCACCUCAUGCUGUUAUUUAAUACCCUACUUAGGAGUAAAAUACACUCCUUUUACUGCUUGAUUAUCAGUACCUUGUUUCUGGGAGCAACUUCAUGGUUCUCUUACAGCUGUUGGGAAGGAUGGUGAUUGACUGUCUCAUUAGGUGCACUGCCUCUUUGGUUGCAGAAGAUACACAGGUUACCUGUGUCAUCAAGCUGUCUGGACUUUUUUUGCAGGAGAAAUGUGCUUACCUGGAAAGUAGUCUUCAACCACAGAGCAGAAACUUUUAAAAAUCUGAAAAUUAAGUUGAAUAUUAAUUGUUCUCAGCAUAAGAUGUUAAUAGUGUUGAGCAAUCAGCAUAUAUGUGUGCAAUCAAAAGACUUGAACUGUAUUUUUAUAAGAUGUAAUUGCUGAUGCAUAGAUAGAUACUUUAUCACAGAUUUAAUGUGCGUAGGUGAGUACUGGUUAGCUAUAGUGUACUGCAGAAGCCUUAAGAUAUACUUUCUAUAUGACCUAAAAAAGCUCAUCUCUAGGACCACUUCUUUUUAAUUCAUCUGCAUGGUGACUGACAGGUGUACACUGGGUAACUCUUUAUUACUUCAGCACUGUGAACCAGAAAUUUAACCACGAUUAUCUGGAGUAAGGCUCCUUUUUAUGUGACCUAUAAAACUAGCAGCAUGCUACCGAAAGGAAAAUUUAACUCCCAUUUGUGUUUAAUCCCAGUAAAACACUGGAUAUGGAAAAGCAAGUUGACUGUAUUUUUCCUUCUGAAAGACUUGUAAUAGAACACAGACGAUAAAUCUCAUGUCAGCAAAUGAACUUGUCAGCAAAUAGUACAUUCAUUGAGGAGGAUAACAUGUAUGUAUGACAGCUUUAAUACCUGUGCAGAAUAAGGGUUUUUGUCCAAAAGAAACCCCAUGUUCAUGGCAAAUGAAAAUACUAGUAGGAUGCCUUUCUUCCUCUCAACAUAAGCAGCAUUUCAGCUAAGAACUAGAAUAGCUUCAGUCAUGUUAAUCUUCUGCCAGAAAAUUGAAACAAUCUUUCUAAUGCAAAAAGUUUUGAUUUUUUUUAAUUGACUUUUUUAUUAUAUUUUUAUAACCUUUAACUUAAUUCUUGGAGAGGAUGUACGUAUGCUUGUGUGUGUGUAUGUGUGUAAGUAAAACAAGAAAUAAAAUGCCUGGUUGUCCUACUUUGUCACCUGUUAUUUCUCCAUUAACACAGAAAAAGAAAAGUUGCUGUGUUUUCCACUUCUGAAACUACAGUGGUAACUUUUCUUGUGUGUAGUAAAUAAACAGAUAUUCAAACCACUAAA